AUGCUCACUCUUUGCUUUUCGCAGGUCAAGAAGGAAGCUGCCAAGUCAUCUUCGGGUGGGAAAACAAAAAAGAAGAAAUGGUCAAAAGGAAAAAUCAAGGAUAAGGCUAACAACGCUAUCAUCCUUGAUACCGCCACAUAUGAGAAACUUCACAAAGAAGUUCCCCUAUACAAACUAAUUACACCUUCCGUACUGGUUGAUCGUCACCGCGUGAACGGAUCACUAGCACGAGCUAUAAUUCGAGAGUUCGAGGAGAAGGGACUGAUUCGGAAGAUUUCUACUCACGGUUCGCAGUUGAUUUAUACUCGUGCCACUGCUGCUAUUGACAAAACCGAAAAAACCGACAAGGUUGAAUCUUAA